CAGCAAACUCACAUUCCAUUUUCCCCUCAAAGUAUCAGUAACAACACGCGAACAGAAAGAAAAAAUGAGGUAUGGCGGAUCGAGAAAGAAACCAGUUCCACUCGGCUUACUUCUCUUCUUAUGCGCCACUUUCACCGGCAUCGGUUUGUUGAUUCUCACGCUCAGAUCCGUGGAUCCGUCGCCGCCUGCUGAUUUACCCACCCAGGAUUUGGGAAUUCGAGCUCAGGAUUUGGGAACGAAAUGUACAAGAUGUUAACUGCUGCUGCAUUAAGCAUAAUGUUGAACCGGUCCUUGAUCAUUGGGCAAACCAGGCAUAUUGGGGUAAAUAUCCUUUUGGAGACUACAUUUCUUAUUCCAACCUUACGUUUACCUUGAAAGAAAUCAAGCAUCUUUGGAGAAAAAACAAUUGUGUAAAGAAGUACAAAAGGCAGUUGGUUAUGAGGAUUGAUGAUUUUGAGAAGCCAGCAAAGACAAAUGCCCUCUGUAGCAAUUGGAGGGAUUGGGACCAACCUAUUAUAUGGUUUCAGGGUACCACAGAUGCCAUAGGAGCUCAAUUUUUCUUGAAGAAUGUACAUUCUGAGAUGAGGAGUGCUGCUUAUGAGUUAUUUGGAAAGCCAGAAUCUCUGCGAUCUCGACCUAACAUAUUUGGGGAGCUAAUGAGAGUACUCAUAUCCCCUUCUAAAGAUGUUGAGGAAGCGGUCAAUUGGGUUCCAGACGGUGUUGGGGAGCCUGAUAUUACAUUGCACAUGCGGAUGCUUAUGAAUAGGUCUGUAAGAGUAGUACAGGCAGCAUUGAACUGCAUCAGAAAAGCCAUGCACAACUUACAGCUAAGGUCAAAACCCAGGGUGGUUGUAGCGUCUGAUACCCAAUUGAAGAUAUUUAUGCCCAUUACCCAUCAGUUUAAAACAGAUUAGGGUAAGAUAUUUAUGACCUGUGAUUCGUUAAUGAUCCGUUAAAAGAAUCUGACGGGUCACAGGUCAAUAAAGAGUUGACCCACCAAGUUAAUGGGCUUGACUCGUUUACCGAUCUAAAAAUUAAAAAAAUUUUAAUUUAUUAUUUAUUUAUUUUGUUUUGAAUUUAUUAUUUAUUUAUUUACUUAGAUGCAUUUAAUUGAUUGAUUCUUUGAAAGCAAUAACAAAAAAAAAAUGUUUCAAUGGGGUUUGUGUUUUAGGUUGUCAUGCUACUACUACUUUUUUCUUUUUUUUGCUAUUGAGAUCUAUAAGUGUGUGGUGUUCUUGAAUUUGAUGAGCAUUGUUCUUUGUAGGGGAGUGGAGAAGGUGAAUCUAAAUAAUUGUAAAUAUGUUUU